AUGAAGCGUGCUGCACCCACUCUCAUCGUGCCUCAUAAUGACGCGCACGACGCUCACGACGACGACGACGACGCGCCACCUGCCUUUCCAGCACUCGACAGCGCGCAGAGAGCCGGUGCGGGUGCGGGUGCGGGAGCGGGUGCAGGCUCGCACAGGGGUGGCGUGGCGACGAGCAAGGCUGACGACUCUUCGCAGCGCAAAGGCACACCCACAGCGAGCAAAUGCAGCCUCAGGUCUCUUCUAGGCGUUCCAUCUGCGCCCACACCCGCGCCCGCACCCGCCAUGCUCGCAGCACCACCUCGCACAUCCGCCUUGACUGCUCCUCCAGGCGUGGGUGGCGCUAGCGGUGCUAGAUUGGGCGGCGGCGGUGGCGCAGGCAACAGUUCGCUUGCAGUUGGAGGAGCAAGCGGCAAGGAGACUGGAGGAGGCAUACGUCGCAAAGUCGCGCUGGCGCCGGGAUGCAGCGCGCUGGAUUGGGCUCGUGAGAAGAGCAGCGGCAAAGCGGAGCUGAGGGUGAGUGUGGGUGUGGGUGUGGGUGUGGGUGUGGGUGUGCGUGUGCGUGUGCGUGUCAGCGUGCGUGGCAGCGUGCGUGCGUGCGUGCUUGCGAGCGACGGCUGCUGAAGCAUACACGCUACUCGCGCACAGGCAGGUCUGACGUCUUACUUGCGCGUCACGCCUUCGGAACUGGCAAGGCACAAGAGCAGACAAGAUUGCUGGACAUGCUUCAACGGCAAAGUCUACAACCUCUCUCCUUAUCUCCGCUUUCAUCCCGGCGGCGAAAAGGAAUUGAUGCGCGUAGCUGGCAGGGAUGGCACGCGCCUCUUCAGUCAGUGGUGUGCCGUGUGUAUGCGCGCACACAAGCUGACCUAGCAAACGCUCGUCCGCCCGCCCCCGCGCCACAGUGCUCACACACUCUUGGGUCAACAUCGACGCCAUGAUCGAUGCGACCAUGAUCGGCAUGAUGGUCCCCGAGCAUUGA